CUUCUUCCCGAAAUGGGGUUGUGGUUUCCCACCUUUGCCUUCCAAAUAUACAUAGCUUAAUGCAGCAGCUUAAAAAUCCAAGAUUUUUCGGAGGAAAAAAACCCAGAUUCUCUUUUUAAUUUCUAGUCAAUCGCAAUCAUGAACCUGCUUAUUAAAACUCCACCACGACGAUUCUGGUAAGGCUUUUUAUUUUCGUUGUUUGAACAAAGAAGAGAAGGAAUAGAAAUUAUUGGUUAGACAUGACUGACUCGUCCUCCUCCUCACGUUGGUGGCUCUCUCUUCUUUCCCCGUCUUGGUUUUCCUGAAAAGCCUGGAAGGAUGGAACAAUGGAAAGGAAUAUUUGGUAGUUGUUCAGAGCAUGAAUGAAGUAUGGAGCAUUUUGAAUUCAGGAAAAGAUCAUGGUGCAGUGCCUAGACGGAUUAAAGCAUUUGUGUGCUGCUUUUAUAAAUUGCUGUGACACUGAUUUAUAUAAUCAACCCAAAGGUCUUCAAGAUCCAGAAGCUCUUGCUAGAGAGACAGUCUUUAGUGUAAGUGAGAUAGAAGCGCUUUAUGAACUGUUUAAGAAGAUUAGCAGUGCUGUGAUAGACGACGGGCUGAUCCAUAAGGAAGAAUUUCAACUAGCAUUGUUCAAGACAAACAAAAAGGAGAGCUUAUUCGCUGAUCGGGUAUUCGACUUGUUUGAUACAAAGCACAAUGGGAUAUUAGACUUUGAAGAGUUUGCACGUGCUCUCUCGGUCUUUCACCCCAAUGCUCCAAUCGAUGAAAAGAUCGAGUUUUCAUUCCGACUGUAUGACCUCAAACAGCAAGGGUUCAUCGAGAGACAGGAGGUGAAGCAAAUGGUAGUGGCCACACUUGCUGAAUCUGGUAUGAAUCUUUCAGAUGAUGUGAUAGAAAGUAUCAUUGACAAGACCUUUGAGGAAGCUGAUACUAAACAUGAUGGAAAGAUAGACAAGGAAGAGUGGCGAAGCCUUGUUUUGCGGCAUUCAUCCCUUUUGAAGAAUAUGACUCUUCAAUAUCUUAAAGACAUCACCACCACAUUCCCAAGUUUUGUUUUUCACUCACAAGUUGAUGAUACCUAGAAUUUCAAAGCCUACAUGGAGUUGAUAGUCUAUAACUGGAACAGCUUGUUUCCUUUUACCAUCGAUGUGGCGUUUUUCUGUGCAAAGGUUCAUACUUCAUAGUCAGAGAGGAUCUUGAUUAUUUAUUAUUUGUUAUUUGUUAUUUGUUAUUUGGUUGGUAUAAUUGUGUUUGCUUCACUAGAAAUAAGAGGGGAAAGGUAACUGCUGGUUUGUGUUAUUGUGCCCAAUAAAUCUAUAUACAGCCCCGGGGCACACUGCUGAUGUGGCAGGCACGUGCCAUAUUAGCUUUUAAAAACAUUUUACUUGUGAGAUAUUUCAUUGAAGGGUUUUCAUCAGAGAUGGUAGAUUUUUUGGA